AUGGCAUAAAAUAAAAAAGACUAAAUUAAAGUAGAUGGAAUUCAUGGUAGAUAUGGAAGAUUUAGGGAUAAGAGAAAUCAAAAUGAUAAAGACAGAGUAAAAUUGAAUUUUAAUUUAAAGCAUUAAGUACCAUUUUUAGUUAGAACACAUUGGAAAUAUGGAUAAAUUACAUUAGAAGAAUUUAAUAAAAAUUAAACAUAAGAAAUAUUACUAUAUUUAUUGUAAUAAUUAAUACUAAAAAAAAAUUAUUAGUUUGAGUUCAAAAUUAAGAGAUAUUGUGGAUUAAUUAAAAUAUCAAUUAGAUGGAGUUUACAGAAGAGAUAUUUUAUUUAAAGUAAGUAAUAUCUAUUUGGAUUAACAUGGAGUGUAAAAGAAAAAGGAUUUAGGAAUAGUACAUUCUGUAAAAUCAGGAAAAGAUGAUGAUUCAGAUCUAAAAGAACAUGGUUUCAAAAUAGGAGAUAUUUUAAUGGUAGAAAUUGAAACAAAGAAUUAAAAUAAAUAACCAAUUUCUUAAAUUGUAAAAGAGUGA